CUCGUCUUCUCGACUUACCUUCGUGACGAUGCUCUCGCUCUACGGCAGCUGGUCGAGGGCUCGAGGGCAAGGUCGUACCCGGUUGCGCUGCUUCUCCUUCUCGUCUCUUCUUCUUCUUCUUCUUCUUCUUCUCUCCCUUCGAACACACGCCGUCGACCGAGACACACGGGAGUCCCGGUUGUCACGUCGAGAGAAGAGACGAAUAAACACUGGCGCUUCGACGACGGUUCGCUCGUCAAGGCUCCACGAUCGUCGUCGCGUCUCCGCUGCACGUCAUUCGUAAUAACGCGUCUCGCAGAGAGAGAGAGGAGAGCACCGUGUACCGUGUACCGCGCCGAACGAUCGCGAAAAGAGACUACUCGCUCGGUGCCGUUUGCCGCGCAUCUGCGAGAGCCAAGAGCUGGCGAGACGAGAACGAGCGGGCUGGAGCGGGCGCCGUUCGGAUGGCUCGCGAUGCAGCAACACGCAUGUGCGCCGUCCCGUCGCGGCCCAAUCGCCGACCGCCUACGCGCCCGCGGUGGGAGCGUACGCGCGCCAUUCGUCGCGGUUCUUCCGACGAAUCUUUCGACGCUCCCAGCUCCGUCGCGAAACGAGCCGACGAGAUCAACGCGGAACGAAGGAGCAACGUCAGCCGACGAGUACAAUUACACGCGCGCGAGAACGCGUAUCCUCUUCUGGUUCUGGUAUGCACGCUCGUCGUCGCCGUCACCGCUGUCGCCGUUCGUUUUCUCGUGCCGGCGAGGCAUAAAAGGAUACAUCAAUACAUUUUCAACGAGAUGUCUGUCACGCGAUGCGCCCGACUGCUUUCUUCGUCGAAGAAUGCAGCGUUGCUCUUGAGCCAAAGAACAAUACAGAUACAUGGAGAUCUUAGCACUGCCAGGCUACUACCCAUGGUUCCCACGAUGCACUCAUUGGUGCCCAAAGGUGUCCACACGAUAUCCGAGCAACGCACGUCCGCGUCCGUGGAAAGAAUAUUGCCAAAGACUGGAUAUGUGGAGAGGAUGCUGAGAAAAUGGGGUAUUCUUGAUGUCCAGAAAUAUAGAAAUAUGUAUUUGGGAUACUUUGUGUACGAACAUGUAAUGAAGCAAGUGGACUAUGCUUUCUUUUUUAAACAUUUUAACAUGGCAGACACAUUUUUCUCUUGGUUUCUGGUGACAGAGCUUCAUGUAUGGAUGAUAAUGGUUCGCUACAUGGCGGAUGAAAAAGAUGGGAAAGAUGUCAGGAAGUAUGCAGUAUCAGCAAUGUGGGACGACACAAAGGCCAGGGUAGAAAAUCUUGGUACAAUCAAAUCCAAACUUAAAAAUCAACAAAUAGAGGAAAUAUCUCAUCAAUUUAAUGCUGCUAUAAUAGGAUACGAUGAGGGCAUACAAUCUGAUGAUAAAACAUUAGCAGGAGCAUUGUGGAGACGAUUCUUUCAGUCAGAAUGUAAUAAUCCGGAACAUGUUGAAACUCUUGUUCUUUACGUUAGAAAACAGAUCUGUUUAUUUGACAGUUUACCAAAUCAUGAAGUUUUAAAAAAACCCAUUUUAAAGUUAAUAGAUAUAAAAAGUUUGUGUAAACAUCGACAAUGAUUGCAGUUAGAUUAAAAUAACAAAUAUGAAAUAUUUUGUAAAUACAUAAUGUUAUUGCGAAGAGAUUGUACAAAAUAUAGUAAUAAAUAUAGAAUGUUGCUUUUU